GGCUGGGAACAGGAUGCUGUCAGGCCGAAUAGACGCAUCAACCUAACGGAGAGAAACCGCAGCAGCAUCCUUUGUUUUCUGGAGCUGAAUAUCCAGCUGUAGCACCUGCUGAUAACCUGCAGCACCUGGAGGAGAAAGGGGAGGCGCCUAGUUCCAACAGCCAAUAACAAAAGCAGGGAACAUAGAAGUAGCAAGCAGGCUCCAUCAGGACCAUUGUGCUCGCCAACAGGACAGCUCCAAACUGAUAGUGUGCUGAGCUGAGGGGAGAACUGAAGCAAGCGUGGAGAGGCGGCGGGGCUUUCCUUUCCCACCAUACUCUUCUUUUCCUUUUGCUGUGUGAGCACUCAACCACACCACUGCACUGAAACACUCUCAUCCCUCUUUAUCCACCUUCCCAUUCUGUCACUGCACUUGUUCUCUCUCUAUCCAUCCAACUUCCAAUCUAUUUUGAUGAUCAGCAGACGUCUCAGUAAAACACCAGUGAAAUCAGUUGUUCAGGUUGAAGAGCUGCAGACAGAGAUCAUCCUACUCUGGCAAUGCAGUAGUAUAUUUGAGUACAGCGGUUCAUCAGCCCCCCAGCCCAGAGUCUGGCUUAGUACCACAGGGUCCCACAGAUGAUGAGGAGGGCCAGGGGGUUCAUCUCUUUCUAGACUUUCUCUUCUCCACCUUGUGUCUUCAUGUUUUGGGGGUCCUCCGGUACCCCCGCCCUCUGUCGACCCCCCCGCACCCGCUGCCACCACGGCCGGCCACCCCAGUCGCCUUGUUGCCAUGCCGACAGAGACUCUGGCUCCAGCCCUGCCAGAUAGCAAGGCCGCUGGCCCCGCAACGGCCUUCGGCUCCGCCGUACCCCUCCGCAUCCUCAAUAAGGGCCCUGACUACUUCAGGAGACAGGUGGAACCUAACCCAAAGCGCCUCAGUGCCGUUGAAAGACUAGAAGCUGACAAGGCCAAGUAUGUUAAAAGCCAGGAAGUUAUCAACGCCAAGCAGGAGCCAAUCAAACCACCUGUACUGGCUAAGCCUCCUGUCGGUCACACCCUCCUUUCCAAAAGAGGCUCUGGGAUCGGUGGAGGAGGAAAUGGAGGGGGGAUACCUUUCAAAGCAUCCAAUAACAAUGCCAAGUCAGACACAUGUGCAACAAGCAGCAGCAGCAGCAAACGGGAGAAUUUAAAUCUGGAGAUCCUUAAAAAUCUGCUAAACUCUUCGUCCUCUUCAGGAGCAGGAUCUGAAGGACUAGGAGGUGGCGCUAAGAGUGCUGUGUUGAUGAGGUCAUCAGGGGGAAUGGCUAGGAGCUGGACACCAUCAGGGAUGCCGUUGACCUACCGAUCUACAAUGACACUUAAUGAGCAACCACCAGACUCAGCUCCUAGUCCGAGCACCUCACACUCCCUCAGAUCCUUCUCCCAUUCCCUGAAGGUCCCUCCCAUCAACAGUGGAGGACGUCGCAGUCCACAACAGGGAGCAAACCUCAACCUAAGCAGACGAGGUGAAGGAGUUAUAGAUCGUUCUCGCUCCCCAUUACCGCCUCUUCUCACCUCCCAUUCCUCCUCUGACCUCCUGCGCCUGUGCAAUGGCAAGCCACUUCGCACAGCCCGAUCCAGCAGCUCCUCAGCUCCACCCCUCCCUCCAAAACCCAACCCCGCCUCGCUCCCUCCUCCUGCACUUUCCUUGUCACUGCCUCCCCCUCGCCCAACUCCAUCCCCUUCGCUCUGUGACAAUACCACCCCUCAGUCGUUACCUUGUGAUUUUGGAGACCCUUCCAAUACUUCAACCGAAGCCAACGUGGAGCUUGAGCUUGGUUCAUCUGUGGCCCGUCGCUCCUCGCUGCACAGAUCUAAAUCAGAUCUGUCAGACCGGUAUGCUCGGGCUGGUGCUGACGUGGAACGCUUUUUUAACUACUGCGGCCUCGACCCAGAGGAGUUGGAGGCAGUUGGUCCAGAGAACUUUGCGCGGGCCAAUUCAGACAUCGUCAGUCUGAACUUCCGAUCAGCUUCUAUGAUCUCCUCCGACUGCGACCGAUCACGGAGAUCCUCCAAUGAUGGGCUGUCAGACGGGGACGAGGACGAGGAGGAGGAGGCUGGGGAGCGUGUUCCAUAUGGCAUCUCGGCUGUAGAGCGAAAUGCAAGAGUCAUUAAGUGGCUGUACAGCAUCAAACAGGCAAGAGAGACGCAAAAAGUCUCACAUGUUUAAAACGAUCCUCUCAGUAGAUUGGAUGUACUGUAAACUACAGACAAACUGCCCCAUGUUUCAGAAUUCAUAGAUGGACCAGAAUUUCACACAGGUGUAGAGACUGGGAUCUUGGGGCUGAACAAAAAAAAAAAAGUCAAAAUGUUUAGAUGGAUGAAUGACUAGCUGGAAGAGAAAGCAAGACAGGUCUAACAAACUUGGUAAAAAAAAACACAGACAGCAAUUUGUUUAGAAAUUAAUGAAGACAUGAGGAGAAUGACCCUAAAUCACUUAGAUUUAGAACAAAGUGAACACUAAGUACAGAAAGAAAUAAACUUGGACAGUCACAUGAACAAAAUGUUCAGGCUGGAGAGACAAACAAACAUGGGACAUGUCUGAAAACUGACUAGUUUAACUGUUUCUCAAUGGACACUGUAUAAUCCGACUGUCAAUUUGCUUGAGCAUCAAGAGCAAAAUGCACUGCAACUGUCCAAGGACCCAUAAAGUGACCACCUCCAUACAAAGGGUAAUAGGCCUUUCUCACAGAGAACAUUUUGGCUUGAUUAAUCAAAGCAUUGUAAAUGGGAUUAUCUUCCUACAUAGUUUGCUAACUACCUAGCGUUCUAUCUGUUUAAUCCACACUGACUCCGACCUUUGUUCUGCCAUCUCUGUCCUUGGUGGUGCCCACAAGGAGGGAAAUGGGGGCAUGGCCACCUUGGUAUAAUUGCUGGCCCCCCAAUCAGCCCUGCCUGGCAAAACUAAAUAUUGUGUUUAUUGGGGUGUUUAUUUUAUAAGCUAGCACAGUGUUUCUUGUGAAACUAGACAACCAAAGUUAUCCACUGGUACCAACCAUGUCAGCAUAGCUUGUCGGGAAGGGAUAAAAAUUAUGCUACAAAGUUAGGGCCUGUGUCGACAUAGCUUUUUUUUUUGCCUAGAGAAGAGCAGUGCACCCAGCACGCUUUUUUGUGCCCCGGCUCUCAGCGCUUCUCGUUGAAAAUCUCUGAACUUUUCAGAAAGGCGCUGGUGUCAUCACUGCCACUCCUCUAGCCCCUGAAUGAUAUGUCAGUCAAAAACUGUAAUGACAGAAAGGUCCAUUUGUGGGAGCAGAUCAGCCAGACACUGAAUGUUGCUGCUGAGUGUUGUGCUUUUAUCCCCAUACCUGUUGUAAGCUUGUUAUUAACUGUGUGUUUAACCCUCUGUUAAUGUAGCAUUUCUUUAGCUACCUAGCUAACGUUAAUGUCAAGAUAUUGUUGUCAUAGAAACAUACCCACGUGUAGCAUGUUUGUGUAGCGCUCUGCCUCUGCUUUUCUGCUGAGGAAAAAUGCUAUGUGGGCACACACCUUUAGGCUAAAUUUUGAUGAGGGAGCAACUGACAUGGCCAUUUUCAGAGAGGUCUUUUGGACUCUCACCUCAAGAUAUAAAAAUGAAAAUGGGUGCUAUGGGUUCCCACGAGUCUAUACCUAAAUAUGAGAGGGCUUGUUCUCAGUAAAUGUUUUGUUCCUUACAAUCAAUGCACUCCUUUAAAUUAAAGUGUUAUAUUUGUCCUUCUAAAAGUGCAACAUUUAAAGAACAGUGAAUGGCCUAACAUGUAUAGAUACAUAACACAUUAAAAUUACUGUGGGACUCUGCUUUUCUGUCCACAAAAGCAGAUGUCCUGGCAGCAGCUCCUGAAGAGCUGAGAGGAAACCAGCUAUGCAAACUGUCUUCACCAGGCAGACUCACAGUGAAAAUUUACUCACAUCACACUUGGUCUUGGAAUUAGUGUGGAUUUAUACAUGUGAUAAACUGAAUGUCUGUAUGUUCUCUGCAAUGUAGGAGUAACAGAAGCUUCUAAAAACACUAACUAUGUGGAUUGAUCGGCUUAACACUUUGAUCAGUGUUGGGGCUGUUACUGUCAACAAAUCAGGCUCAAAUGAUUAUGAAUAAUCUGAGUUUUCAUGAUUUUGUUUAUAUGCAGUGCCUCCACUUCCUCACUGAGUGACUAACAGGUGACCUCAGAUGAGUUGUGGUAAUGCUACUGUAAGGCAGUCAGCAAAGAGCUUUUAUCCACAAUUUUCACAUCUAUGGAGUCAAAUCCAACAUUCUUAACAUUACUUCUCAGAAGGUUUGGUGUCAUGAUUAUCUGUUCAGCAUAGUUCACUAGUUACCUCCAUUUCGCAUUAGGAAGGAAAACAACAAUAGUUCAGUUUACUGAUGGAUCAGAGUGACAGUUCAGAGUGCAGUUAAUGAAUGCUGGAGUAAAAGUCACAGCCUGUUGUAGUGAUAGACUGCGAAUUUUGAAUUAAUUACAGGUCAGUACAUUUUAACAAUGCUUGAAAAAGUGACAACCCUAACCGACUUCAGCAACUGGUACCAGAGCUUCUUUGCAAACUGAAACUUGUUGCUCCUGGUUGGUCAGGGGCACCAUUAACAUUAUUAGCUCCACCUGUGCUUUUCCUGCAAUAACAAGUCAAAUGUCCACUCUGAGAAAGGCCUGUGUCACAGUGUUGAUGUCUCUGUUUAAACAAGUUUCGAAAAAGGUCCUGACAUCUUUGCAAAACAGAUACUGAACUCUAUCUGUCAAAAAUUAGAAAUCACUUUGAAAAGUCAGUGAUGCUGGUAUACUGUGUGACCAUAAUUAAUCAGCUCAGUUAACUUGAGAGUCAUGAAACACAAAUGCUUGUAAGCUAGCUCUGACUAAGCUAUAGCUCUUGUUAAGCUGGAUAUUGUGAUUGCUAUAAAUGAAGGCCUGGGCAUGUGCGAUGACUGAGUGACAAAGGAAACAGAGGACACUGACACUGAGGGAUUUGGACGGAUACAUACACAAUAUAAAAUAUAGUCUCUUACGCAUACUUAUCCAUACACCAUCAUAUCAUUAUGCUGAUAAAUUAUUAACACAUUUGUCUUUAACAUAUUCAUGUCAACUGACAAAACAUUUCACUGGAGAGUUUUAGUGUCCUGUGACUGGAUAUGGUUAUUCCACACUAACGAGAACCAUGUCAUUUAUAACUAAAAGAAUGAACAUGUGUUUUUUGGUAUGAAAAAAGUUAGAUUUGGCCUAAGGCAUAAUAGAUCACUAGUGGCACUAUCUUAGGGCUGGCACACAUGCCGCGUCUUUUACAGCCUAGAAAAUGCAAGGUUGGGUGCUGGGUACUACUGUUGUCCCUACUCUGUGCCAACUUUCAAGGCUGCAGUGGUAGGGUGCACCUGAAUUUAAGCUACCAUAACCAGCACUUUAUCGUAGCCUACUUGCUAGAAAUUGUGAGUUCGGAGCUGAUCUUUUUCCAGAUCUUGUAUUUUAAGUGUGUAUUAGACCUAAUAUAUCCGUUUGACAGAUGGAAUGUUCUGGGUAGCCCUGCACUAAAAUGAUCGACUUCUUUUACAUAUUUACUACAGACUGAUAUUUACGGAAGAAAGAAAAGAUAUCUGCCAGCUGUGAUUUGAUGUUCCUCAUUAUGAAAUGGAGUGCCCAUUGCUGCAUUCCAAAAGCUGAACUUUGUUUAUCUCAGGGCGCAACCAUUGCAUCCCAAAAAAUAGUUGUUUGGGAACACUUGCACGCCACAACAGUCAUGCUCUUGCUUUUGAGCGCGCCCUCUGUGUGACCUUAUUGACAACAAUGGAUUUUAGGGUGCAAAACUAUGGCAUAUGUGCAGGCCCUUUGAGUGCCUUUACCCCUUUUGGUUCAGUUUCAAUGAACUGUGGUGCGUUUGCUCAUUUACCUUGGUAUGUUCAGGCUUGUGUGCAUGUUAUCAUUCAAACUUGGACAAACUGCAGACCAAAGAAGUGUACCAAGACUGCUUAGGGGGUUUGGUAAGCUUCCAACAAAACUCAAACCAGACUAACAACAGGGUUUUGUGAUAGCUGAUAUGUGUUUUUUUUAGCAUGGAUUCAAAAGAUAAACUACUCUUACAUUUAUACAUCCAAUUUUAGAUUUAAAAAAUAAAAACAAAAAACAAGGAGCACAUUAAUGUAUCCAAGGUCCUAUGUUUCCCAGUUAAGUAUUCUGUUAACACAAGCUCCUCCUGUUGUGUUCAUGCCACUUUCAUGUCACUGUCUAUGCCUGAAACAGCUUUGGUUUACCUUGCAUAUCAAUACAUAAGACAUAUCAGAGAAAGAGCUGUAAAUAGAUUCAAAUGUAAAAUUAUAACUAACAAGUAAUUUUGCAUGUGCAGGUUUCAGAGCCCCUUUCCAGGUUUUCUUUUCCUAUCCCUAACCCAUUUGAAAAUGGGGAUUUAAUCUGGCCUUAAAACUUUUUUCUGACCCUUACUUAAUUGGUUAGUUGUUAUUUUUUCAAUUAAUUUAUUCUUACAAUAGUUUUUAAUUUCUUGGGCCGCAAUUCAUUUUGGAAGACAUGUGCCAGUACAAUUUUACCAUUCUCUGAGUCAAAAUUUUAGUCCCCUAUCCUAACCCAUGUCACGUUAAGUGAAUACAGAACUGGGGAACAUCUUUCUCAGGUUCCCAUUAUGUGCUGUACAGAGCUGGGAAACAUAGGACCCUUGGAACAUAGGAAAUGACCCCCCACAAUUGAAAUUUAUAUAUCUUUAUGACUUUUUAACAAGUCCAGAUAAUGAUAGCUGUCUACCAGGUGAGAUGUCUGUUACUUUACAUAUUCAAAAGAGAAGACCCGUCAUGCUGUUAAGUUUGAUGUCCACUGGGAAAGUGGAAGUUAGCUGGCCAGUUUUGCUAACUUUAGUGCCUCCCACAAUGCGUUAGCUUUUCUUAAGGUUAAGCAAUUGUACUCAUGUUUCAAAGUUGUAAAAUGAAAGAGUGUUAUUAAAUCUCAAGGGUCACAAUUUUAAUUGUAAAGUGUAAGAUCCUAAAUUUCUCCACCUAUAAAGACAGCUGGUUUAUUCAGCAAUAAAUAAUAAACAUUAAUUACAGGUAGAAGAGUUUGCCAAACUACUAAAGGCCACUCUCAGCUGCUGAUCAGUGUGCUGGUGUCUGUAUUUUGUUCGUAAGCCAGAAUGUUAGAUGGGUUCCUUGAUGAAGAAGCAUUACCAUUUAUAACUUCCGUGUUUGAUGGAAUGAUCGAAUGUCUUUAUUCUCUUAAAAAAAGACAGCACUCCAUCAGGGUGGGAGUGUUUCUACAGAAAUGAUGUAGGUCUUCGGUCUUCAAAGUUUGGAUGACUGAGUGCCAAUUUAAGAAGCCAGCAUAUAAUUGAGGACCGUACAGGUUCUGGACAUAAGAUGUCGACCAUGUUGACCUAACAGUUUCGCACAAACUCUUCAAUGAACUGUUAACCACACUGAGCAGUUUUGUGAGCUAUUACACAGCUUGCCUGUCUUACACCUUCGCUACUUUGCAUAUGAUUUGUGAGCACUUACUGUUGGGCAAAUAAGUCUUGUUGAAAAUUUUUGAUGUUAACGGUUGUGCUCUUCAUCCAUGAAGUUGUCGUAGGAUUUGUGAUUGGGCUCACAACGCCGUUUAACAUUAAUUUCCUUGAGCAGCGAAUUUCUGUCUGUCUCCUGAGGUCCAAUGAAGUAAGAGUUAAUGUUAAUCUAUUUUUCCCGAAACCUCCUUUUCUCCUCAACCAUACAACAUUUUCCAUGGUUGCUUUUAUAUCUCACUUCCACAUUAAAUUGUCAUGUUAUCCACUGAAAUCGCUAAUUUUAGUUAGCAGCACUAGCAUUGAUGACCAAAUGUAAUUUUUGCCACACUAGCAAGGCACCACUAGUUGCCAACCAACCAGUAGCUUUCUGCAAGUUUUCAUUCCUAACCUGACAGACACUUGAUAGAGAGGCGCAGUUUGACACAGUUGUCAUAUAUUAAAUGCGACAUUGACAGUUAAAGUAUUGAAAUGGACUGCGGACAAUUAUAUGGUGCAUGCAUUUUAUUUCACUUUCGGGGACCACACCACACAGAAUGUUUCUGAGGGCCAUCGUUGGCCCAUGACAGCAUUUUGAGCAACUAUGAUCUGGAUGAUUGCAUAAUGUAAUUUUCGGACAUUCGUUAAGUUGUCAAAGUAAUGCCUAUCAUCGAUUUAAUACAAAAAUCAGGUUAGUUAAAGUGCACCAUGACCUGGUUACACUCCAAAUCUUACUUUCUUCUGUGUUUCCAUUUUGCGCUAAUGAUGCAGGAUGACAUCACCAAAACUGUCCAAUGAAUGAGCUACCAUUUUGUCCAUACGACUUCAUAUUUACACCUCUUAAGGCAGAUUUAUACUUGUGUGUCAGCUCUGUGCGCUGUAGCCUACACAUGUAGCCUAAGCACGUGGCCUACGCUGUUGUGAGCAGUUAUACUUGUGUGGCGCCUGUGUUACUCUGCAGUUACCACUCUAUAACACUAGUCAGUGGUGGGGUGUCUGUGAAGUGCUGUAAAAUUUAGCUGAUUCAAAACACACCUAAAACACACAUGAAACAUGGCUUAAUAGCGACAAUAACAGACACAAGUACACAAAUUGGCUUCAUUAUAACAGGAUUCACAGACAAAACACUUGUCUUUGUUGGACACAACAUGCUAACCUUAUCAGCACAAACCUAUGGCAUUUUUCAUGGUAUGAAUUAGCCUAGCAACAAGCAGAGAUAUCCCCUACUCAUAUGAAGCCAAGAUAAAUCACACACAAGACCUAAAAUGCUAUUUUGUUGGGGCUUUGUUGUCCUCACAGUUUAGUUUCUCCUGUCUGUGAAAUUAAAGUGAACAAAAGCUUAAUUUGCACUGAAAUGGUUUCAGCUUACAUAAGUAGACUGGAGGUCUGCGUCACUGCUACGUGUAGAUACACUGUUGGGGUGGUGCACAUCAGGCUAUGGCAUAGGUUACUGCAUAGGCUAUGCUGUAGGUACAGCAUUGAUUCAAUGAAGAAGUAUAAUUCCCACUUUAGUUUAUAUUUAAUAUGUCAGUGAGAACAUGAACUAGACCACAGCUAUGCAUUUUUUUUAAUCUUGGCUGAGAAGCAAAUAAACCAAGCCAAAACAAUCAGACAUUUACAAGUGCAAUCAUUUCUUCAUUUGUGAAAUGUCUUAUAUACAUCCACACAAAUGUGUGGGAGUUCAAAAGUUAAAGAAGCACAAAAUCCCUGAUUGUGUCCCAUGAGUCACGAGAACAAUGCCUCAAGCGUUUCCUAGCUGUGAUAUUACAGGACACCAAAACUCUCCUUUCAAAGCAGUGUUGGUAAAUAUCUGUGAUUAUGUAGACCACCAGGCACUAUAAACCUACACUGAAAGCAAUACUAAUCAAACUGUCUGUUCACUAUUACAGGACAUGUUACACUACAAUACUAGCAUAGGAGGGUGGAAGGGAGAUUGUGGUCAUUUUACAUGUCAGCAUUUUCUCCAAAUGACACUUUAGAUUUUGGGUGUUUAUAGUUGCUUGUGCUGUAGAUCCUAGACCACACACAGAGAAGGAACUCCAGCAGUGCUUCUGCAUUAUGUCAAAGAACACUUUUGACUACGUUCAUGAUGAGCACCUUGUCAAUGCCCUCAGCUUUGCUUUGUCUCCCUCCAGUUGUCUUUCUGUCCGUUUGUCUGUCUGUCUAUCUCAAAGCCAGCCACAGGAAGAAACCUGUUGCUUUACUAUUGUGUGUUCCCUUAUAAUGAAGGGGGAUGGAUUACCAAGCACACCUCCACCCUGACCCUCGUCAUCUGUGUACAUGUCUGCAUGUCGCUGACAUGUCUCAAGGCCUGAAGCCAUAUCGGUGUGAAUGCAGCGCCUCAGUCAGUGUCUACCAACUCUCAGUGAGUCUGUCUUCCCCAAAACCUACCUUCACCUCACCUUAAAUCUGUGCUGCAGCUCUGCUUCAGUGUGUCAACAGCAACAGCUCUGCUGGGCUUACUUCACUUCCCUGCAUAAUGCUGUGUCAGAAAAAAGACACAGCUUACACAGUGGUAUUGGCCGUAUGUAUUUGAUGCUUUUGAGUGCAUAUGGUGACAGUAUUGUGUAGAGGAGGGCAGGAUAAGAUUUAAAAAAAAAAAAAAAAACGGUCCACAGUCCUUAUGGGUAGGGAUAGACUUGCUGUCCCAUUUACACUUAGUCACGUCAUGUAUUUUAGUGGGUCAGAAUCAAACAAUAAGUGCCAUAAGUAGUACAGAGAUGCAUACAUAAUCUUAUCUGUGGCCAAGAUAGGGGUCAUUUUGAUUCAUAUAUUCAUCUUACCGAGCUGACCGCUUGCUGGUCCUUCACCGUCAAAUUUAUUGUGCAGUCUCAUCACCUCUCUCUAAUUAACUGACAAUGAUGUGCCUGGGCACACGCAUGCAUUUGAACCCUGCUCAAAUGGAGCUUACACACGUGUGUACACAAGAGGUGCGCUACUUAUAGGAGGAAGUGAGACUUGGAUUGUACUGUGCGAGUUGUGUAAGUGUAAACAGAUGUUUUGACACAGCUUCGCUGUUGCUAAACACUGCCCCCAAUCACUUUAAUUCAUGAAGAAUGUUUUUUCCAUUCUUUGUUCAUUGUGGAGGCAUGCGAGAAAAACAAAGUUUUCUUCACAAAUUCAAGGUAACACUUGGUGAGUAGUUAAUAUAUAAAUGGUCAUUUUAUGCGUGGACUAUUCCUUUAAGAGUAACCUUGAAAAAAUCCAAACCUGUCCUUUAAAAACUGCACACAUACUAAUGAAAUCCAUGUUCAGUCAUAAUUACACUACUGACAGACCUGCCACCAAUGCUCCCGAGCAAGCUGGUUAGCUAACAAUAGAGUAAAUAUGACAUGUUUUAGCAACACAGCUUUGUAGUAAUUGUAGGAGGUUUUAGGUUUUGAUGCACCCCUUCUUCCUAAAUAAGACUACAGCGGAAGUGAAGUGACCCCAGCUGGGAGAAAGACCCUCUCCCUGUCAUCUCGCUCUGAGCUCAGGGUUGUGCUAGCAUGUUCCUGUCCGGUACCCAGACCUGUCAUUACCAUGUGUCUCCCCGUGUCCCUCUGGAACCCAGGAAACCCCGCUGCUUCUCACUGUCAGCAUUAAUAAAGACAAUAUUGUACUGUUCUGGCAGCAUCAUCAUGCUUCAAUUUCACUUCUGUCUACAUGGUGUUUGUGUUUUUUUUUUUGUUUGUUUGUUUUUUACCUUUGGAUUGACAGAUAGAGUUCUUCUGUGGUACUUGCUUUGUUUUAUUUUUUUCUUCUAUGUGUAAAUGCUGUAAGAACAAAUGUAUAUAUUUGAUUUAAAAAGCCAUGUGCUGGAUUUUAAUUUUUCUCUGUCUGAAGGUUUAUGUGUUACAAAAGAUUCCGAACAAAAAACUGCUGUUUUGCUCUUUGCCCUUGGUACAGAACUGCCUGAUCACACAGGGCAGGGGCGUUUCAGAGGCGUUGUGUUGACUGUGUUUUUCGACGUGGAAACUGUUACAUUUUGCUUGAUUGAAAAAAAAAAAAAGUGUUCAUGUUUAGUUUCUUUUGAUUCUUUCAAUAAAUGGCUUCUUUUGCCAUCUCUCUCACUGAGGUGUUUAUCUCUCAAAGUAACUUUUGCUGAACAGCGACCACUUUGACCUCAAGUGGCAAACACAGAAUAAUGGUACACUGCAUUUCUCUUUUUUUCCGAAGACUCUCUUGAGGCAAGUUGAAUCCAAACAUGCAGUCUUGUGACAUGUGGACUGAGCCCUGAACAUCUCGAGUGUGCAGGGCCAUGAGGGCGUGAAAUGAGAAGGAACAAGAGAUCUCAAGUCUUUCCAUAUGGUCAGAUUGCACAGUAAAUAUUCCCUUAAUAUGAGCUGCUAAACACAAUAUAUUCACAUUAAACUUCAACUGAGGAUCCUCAGCCUAUCCAAAUUAUUAGCCUGUGCAAAUUCAGUUUGUGCAUUAUCAACCAUCACUUCAUCAAUUAAUGUAUACAACAGUAACACAAACACCCCCAGGAACUUCUUUCUCUGCUCAGGAUGCCAUCACUCCUCUAUAUCUUUACAUUACGAAUAGCUGUUUGCUGCUAUAUUAGUGCUCUAAAUGUUUUAUAAAGGACCUUUUACCUGUCUGUCAAAAGUAGAUAGGUUCCUCCACUGCUCAUUGCUUAAGACAAUCUUAAGACAGCCAGUUGUGAUGUAUACACUGGGGAACUGCUGCACUAGUCUGCUGAGAUUUGUCAGUUUGUAGUUGAUUUUUUUGAGAGGAUUUUUAAAGAAGAGUUGAAAGAGAGGCCAGAGGUGGUGCAGUCUUUCUGUGAGGACCUACCCAAGGUCACUGCAAAGGCCAAUGCAGAGCUGGAGGCACAGAUCUCUGCUGAGGAGCUGCAUGCUGUGCUGCAGAACCUGGAGAGUAGCAAGGCUGUAGGGAUAGGAGGUCUUUAUGAGACUUUAUGGCCUCUUAGGACGCAUUCACACUGGCGCUAUUUGGUCCACUUUAAACGAACCCUGGUCCACUUCCACGGAUAGUUCGGUUUGUUUGGAGUGGUGUGAACGCUCAUUCGAACUCUGGUGCGGAACAAAUGAGCAAACCCUGGUCCACUUGAAAACUGGGGGUCUCGGUUCACUUGCAAGUGAACCCUGGUGUAGUUUGCUUACAAUGGGAAAUGCAAACAGACUAUCCAGCGAACUAAAGAGAGGAAGUGAACCAAAGAGAGGAAGUUAUGUAGAGUGCAGUGCAUUUUGGUUAGAAAAAAAACAAAGCCAACAGCGCAAACUGGGAGAAGCAGAGAUGAAAAAAGAAAAAGUUGGAAAAUGUCUUGUGGGCAUACGUGGAGUAAUAAGGAUGUGCAGGCGCUCACUGAUACAUGGUCAGAGGACUAUAUAUUGCAGUUGCUGGCUGAAGGGGAUGGAUUUCCGUUUUGGGUCCUGGCCAAUCGAUGAGCUGGGUUUUCUUCUUCCUCAUGCUUUUUUUCUUCCUGGUCAGUGGUUGUUCCGGGCAAUACCACCCCCAAACAAACAGCUGUUGUAACUGCGUGACAUUGUCCAGGCGGUUUGGUCCGCUUUAAAAAAUGCAGUGUGAAAGUGAAUCGAACCAAAUGAAGGUAUGAAAUUUUUUCGUUAUUCCCCAGCCAAUCGAACCAAGUCCCCCGGA